AUGAACCGGCUGCUUCAGCACUUUGUAGACUCGAGCGGCGCUCAGCCUCCACCAGCAACGAGACCGUCGAUCCCAGUGCCUCCACAAUCAUCAGGGGGUUCGUCUCGUGCUGGUCAUCGUGGCUCAUUUCAGCGCACAAUACCCAACGGUCCGUACUACUACCAACCUCCACAACCUCCCAACGGAUUGGAAGAAAUCCCACUUACUUCACACUCAACUGGUGCCAUUAUUAAAGAGGGAAAUCGAUACACGACAUUGAAUUCAGCCUCGGAAUUAUUUGCGAGCGGACCACCACCAACGCGAACAUUAUCCAGCAGCAAUCCAUAUCGACGUCAAUCAAGUUCCUCGUCUACAUUGGCAAUGGAAAAUGUAGCCAUGUCGGGAAUCCACUGGUCACCACAAAAUGGCAACAUUAACGCUGGUGAGAUAGAUCCGUUUUCAAUACAAUCUCCAGAAUCAAAUAUUAAAAGUCAAGAGAUACCGCGACAAGCAGUGGAUCCAUUUGUUUCCACUGUGCCUUCCAGAAGCCAUUCAUUUCAUUCUCCACCUCUUACAAAUGAAGUGUGCCAAAGUGCUGACACAUUGUUUACGUCGUCGAAAUCACUUAAUACGACAAAGUGGGUACCUUUUCCAAAUUUACAAUCGAAGACUCCUCUUCAAGCGCAAGAAGCAUUUGCAAACGACCCACCAAGUGCCAGCAGCUUGUUUAGUGGCAGUUUUUCUCAAACUUCAGCUUUGACAUCUCAGACAACAGUUGCUUCGCCAUCAGAGCUUCAAAUCAGUACUCCAUCUUCAUCUAGUAUAUAUCAAGUUAACACAGGAGUCAAAUCUUCGACUCAUGUAGAGUUGUCUUCACCAAUGAAGCCUCCGUUAGCGUCUUCGCCUUCUGUACCGAUCAACGCAUCGUCUCCUCCACCAAGUCCUCAAGACACAUGUCCAACAUCUCCAGAUAUGCGACCCGAAGAUCAUGUCAGUAGCUCAAUGAUGCCAUUAUAUCCUCGAAAGUCCUCACUUAAGUCUGGACUUGACAUGCGACACAUGAAGUUUGUCGCUGGCAAACGAGACGAUGAUGCCAUUUCCAAUGCUCCAAGUCUUGCACCAAGUCGAAUGUCCAUGUUAUCGACGCUAGAUGAUUCAUUGAAGCUAUCAGAUAUGUACAAGCACAUGGCUACACGUUUAGAAAGUGAGAAGCACGAUUUGCUUAAAGUUGUAGCGAGACAAGCUCAAGAGAUGGCACAAAUGCAAAAGCAUAUUCAAUCUCUUGAGCUACAGCUAAAGAAAUCUCGACUUCAAGAUGCGUGA